GAAUAUCCGAUCCUUUUGGGGGCCUUCAUUGGCUGGGCGAGUGGAGCCCAAGCGCCGCGCCUAAAGCCACGUUUGCUUAACGCUGCAUUACCUCACGCGUCGCUUAUCACCAGGUGUCCUUCCCUGGCUGGCCUUCACACCGCCCCCACGUCUCUCUUUACCGCGUUUUACCCAAAGCUAUAAAAGAGCACACUCCACAAACCACAGAGUUACUGAACUCUUCAGCUCAAGCUCAAAUUUCCUCGCACUCCGGCUUCCACGGCGCUCCAGCAUACUAAGCUAAAUCAAACACAGUCAGCAGCAACCCAAAACUUCAUGGCCAUGGACGGCUCCGAUCAACGGAUCAGCUCCGCUUCCUCGUCGUCCUCGUACGACCAGUACGGCGUGGUUUGGUCGCCGCCGCCGAAGCGCCCAGCGGGGCGCACCAAGUUCAAGGAGACGCGCCACCCGGUGUACCGUGGAGUGCGCCGCCGAGGCAGCGCCGGCCGAUGGGUGUGCGAGGUGCGCGUGCCCGGCAUGCGCAACAAGCGGCUCUGGCUCGGGACGCACCUCACCGCCGAGUCUGCUGGCCGAGCCCACGACGCGGCCAUGCUCGCGCUGCGCGGCCCCUCCGCUGCCGCCAAAUGCCUUCUCAAUUUCCCAGACUCCGCGUGGCUCCUCGCCGUGACACCAUCGUCCACACACGCUAGCCUUGACAACAUCCAGCGCGCCGCCCUCGCCGCCGUCGCUGACUUCCAGCGCCAAGAGGCUAACAACGUUGCCGUCGCCAACGUUGGGGCCAACGUCCCCAUCGCGUCUAUGGCUCCUGUGGAUAAUGCCGGCCCGCCGCCGUCGUUCCGUCCUAGUGCCGCUGGAAUGUUUGAGGCGCCGGUUGCAAUGGGCAGCGACAUGUUCGAGCUCGACAUGCCCGACGAAAUGGACCUGGGCAUGUACUACACGGACCUCGCGGAGGGGCUGCUCAUGGAGCCGCCGCCGCCCGCGCCGGACGCCGGGGCGUGCUGGGAAAGUGGAGACUGCGGCAACGGCGGAGCUGACGCCUCCCUGUGGAGUUACUGAAAUGAUCUACUCCGUACCUGAUUUGGCUCCAUGGAACAAACUGAUGCUGCUCCUAAAAUUUUGCAACCUUAAAACGAAGCAAAUCUGGUGACACUACACUCAGGCAAACGCAAUUCUAAGCUAAAAAAGAAACGAGAAAGGACGCAGGAAAGAACAUCAUCACUGAUUGAC